ACCGUCAACAGAAGACUCUCCUUCAGACUUCAAAAGCUACCCUAUUCCAUGGCCCGAACACGAACCUGCCUGAUACAGCAUGUAACCCUUUCUCAAUGGGGAGAAUACGACAGAUCCUGCGACAUACCAUGGCACUUAUCCAGAGACGCACUGAGGAUAUCGGUGCGCGGAACAACCCAACCGAUUGGAGCGCAAAGUUGCCCAAUCCGAAAACCCACAUCCGCCUGCUCACGAUUCUCCCAGGUCGACAGACAGAAGAACUACGUUGUACCUGCAGCACUAUCAGCCUUGAUAGCAGACCAAGAUACAAUGCCUUAUCGUAUGUCUGGGGCAACCCCGACGAAAAGGCCCAAGUCAUCGUCAAUGGCGUCCAAGUCACGGUCAACAGAAGUCUGGCUGAAGCCUUGAGCCGUAUUCGCCGUCAACAAGGACCAGUUGUCAUCUGGGCAGACGCCCUUUGCAUCAACCAGAGUGACGAAGACGAGAAAAAGUACCAAAUUGAUCUCAUGCACCGUAUCUAUGGCGAGUGCGAGAAUUGUUUCGUCUGGAUGGGGGACAUCGUCGUGAAAGGAGAUAGUAGUGUGGCCGCAAAGCAAGCUGCGGCAGGAGCCCUCAACGCUUUGCGUAUCAUUGCAGAGGAGCCACACCAUGAAGAGCUCGGCUGGCCCGGGGAGGGUCCAGUUGCUAGGAGCCCUGCUGGUAGUGGUCUUACCGCCGGGGUAGCCUUACAGUCGAUGAUGGACUGCGAGUGGUGGCACCGCAUCUGGACAGUCCAGGAGGUCUGUCUGCCCCCAAAAGCCACGGUUCUCUGGGGCCCACUCGAGAUCAGCUUCCAAACGAUCAUGGACGCGGCGAGCUAUAUGGUGCAACCGGAUGAGCAUCCGCAACACAAUAACAUUUUCGAUCUUUUCCAAGAUGGCACCGCCAUUUACCCAAAGCUUCACACAAGCCCGUUCACUAUACCCGUCCUCAGCAUUGCUCACACCAGAUUCUGGGACCAGUCAAGAACCGACUCGCUGAAUAGACUGUGGCGGUUUCGAGACAGAAGGUCCACAUAUCCGAAAGACAAGCUGUUUGGCAUCUGGGCGCUCCUCAAUAAGAAAUAUUUGCCUAAUAUCACCCCAGCGGACUACGUCCUCGAUAUUGUGGUUCUGUUUUCCAGAGUUACGGUCAGUUUACUCACAUCUCUGAAUAACCUCAAGCCUCUUAUCGGCUGGAGAGGGGAGAGAGAAACGGCCGGUCUGCCUACUUGGGUCUUGGAUCUGGCCCAGCCGGAGGACUCCAAGUGCACCAGCGAUUUCUGGACGCACGAUAUUGCUUGGAGGCAAUUCUACGCUGGCCGCGGUUUACCACGAUUCAAGCCGCUAUUGAACCAAGCAGAAAAUUUCGUAUUGCUAACUUUAAACGGCAUCCGCGUUGACAAGGUGGCUACAGUGUUGAUGGACCUAAGAAAUAUGCGAAGGUCUCUUUGGAGACAUGCAUGUGAAAGCGCUCUCAGGAACCACGCCAGUAAAGACAACAUCAUGUACCAAUAUAACAACCUUAUCCAAGGGAAAUUCGGCGAGCAUCAUGAGCCCAUCACAGAUGAGAGUUGGCGCCAAGGUCCGUGGUGGGAGGACAGGAUGCUCUCUUAUCAAGUCCUUUUCAUCACAGAGGAGAAUCGGCUUGGCCUCGGCCCGCCUAACCUGAAGCCAGGAAACAACGUUUGGACUCUUUCGGGCGGGAAUCAUCCCUUUUUACUCCAUCCAGUAAGAGAGAGAAAUCGAGAUACGAACUUGUGGGAGUUCGUGGGAGAUUGCUUCGUGUACGGCAUCAUGUAUGGAGAAGCAUCUUCUGGAGGGUUACAGUUGUCAUCCGUAACAUUGUGUUGACGCUGCCGUCAUGAUUCCUAGUCUCAGCAUCGGUUGUUGGAAUGCUCUGUUAUCGUGUUUCUUCAAUACUAGCCUUGGAACAUAGUAUUAAGAAUAGAAAAGAGAUCUCAAGACGCAAUAUUAUAUGGUGUUCAUGCGGUCCUGUUA